GUUUUACCUUUAAUUUUGUCCAUUGCUCUUUGCAUAUUUUUCGAAGCAUUGACACCAAAUAAGAAAAUUAAAGAUAUAACAAUUGCAGAUAGAGGAGAACUUUCUAACAUUAAAAAAUAUAUAGACAAUACUUUUUCUUUUGAUUCUUCUCAAUUUUCUGAUCAGAUGAGAAUGCCUGAUAUACCGAAUUCUCUGCUAGUAUAUGUGUUGAAAAAUCUUGGAGGAAACACACGUUGGAAAAAAAUAUUCUUUCAGAAGUGAAAUUGCUGGAUGAAAUUAUACAGAACAUCACAUUAGAAACUGAUGGGAAAUUAACACAAUAUAGCGAUAUUUGCUUACUUAUGCACAAAAAGUGCGCCAGAAAUUCUAUUAUUGAAGUUAUAUCAGAAGUGGGAAUUGAUUCCAUAGUACAAAAGAGAAAGAAACUGAAGUUUCCUAUAGAUAUAGAUUUAUUGUCUUUCACUUAUAAACCCUAUUUUCUAAACUUUGGAGGUGUUAUUCAGGAUAAUCUUAACUUUGUAGAAAAAGUAAAUGCCAUUAGGCUAAUUUAUACGACUGAUGAAAAAAAUGAAGUAAAAAGCACGUUCUUCGUAAAAUGGUCGGCUCAUGUUUACGAAAUGAUUCAAAAAUAUAAUUUUACACAUAUUAGGGUUGUGCCAUAUUCAAUGAUAAAAAUAGAACAAGAAUUUCUAAAAGAAUUUAAUGAAUUGAAACCCAAAAUAGGAGGAUUGGUUGCGAUUAUGAUUGUACUUACGAUAUUUCUUAGUAUGAGCCAUAGCUGGAUGAGAAGCAAACCGCUUCUUGGAUUAGCAAGUGUGAUCAACGCUGGUUUGGCUGUUGUAUCGUCUUUUGGAUUAAUGGCUGCAUCGGGUGUAGAAAAUACUUACUGGAAUACUACAAUUCCUUUUUUAGUUCUUGUGACCGAGAUAGACGAUGCUUUCGUAUUAGUCGCGUGUUGGAGGAUCUCUAAUCCUAAACAUUCAGUUGAGAAACGCAUGGACACAACAUAUGGAGAAGCAGGAGUUUCCAUCACACUCACAUCACUGACUAAUUUUCUUUCGUACUGCAUCGGGAUGAUGGCUCCAUUUCCUUUUAUUCGAAUCUUCAGUUAUUAUACUGCAACUUGCAUAAUGUUCAAUUUUGUAUAUCAGAUAACGUUUUUCGGAGGAUGUUUGGCAUUGAGUGGAUAUAGAGAAGAAAAGGAUCUUCAUUCUGGAAAAUUUCAUAGAACUGAACAAAGUGAUGAAUAUCGUGAAGAUAAUGAUAACACCGAAGAAGAAGAAUUCACUAUGGCAGUUUUCCGAAAUUUAUUAGGAAAAAUACUUUCAAUUCCAUUGGUGAAGAUAAUUGUUAUUAUCGUUUAUAUUAUUAAUUUAUCAUUUGCAAUUAGGGAAACAUUUUACAUUCAGCAUGGUAUUAAAUAUGAAAAUUUGUUUCCAGACAAUUCUCUAAUUUCACAAGGCAGUAGAAUACUUUACAAGUAUUUCACGCGUUAUGCUUUUCCUUUUCAGAUAGUUAUUAAUAAAACGUUGGAUUACUCAGAUAUGAAGGUACAAAACUUGAUAGAAAAUCUGUUGAAUAAAUUUGAACAACAUCCAAAUAUCGCCGGCGAUGAAUUUACUGUGUCCUGGUUAAAAUUCUAUAAAGAAUUUCAGAAAAGUCCCGUAGCGAAAUUUUCUUUACAGGGUUAUAAUAUGUCAAAUAAACAGGAUUUUAUCGAUGGACUACGCGAUGUGUUCUUUAACAUCGGUCCUGCUCAGUCACUAUCUAAUGACAUAGUUUUUAACAACAACAAAACUGAUAUCUUUUACAGCAGAUUUUUUAUUAUGGGAAAAAAUUUGAACUCUUCACACACAGAAACAGAUACAUUAAGAGAUUUAUUGAAAAUCGCUGACAAAUCCGAAAUUCCUGUGCUGGUGCAUUGUAUUAAAUCAGGUAUAAUUGAACAAGGGAUCAUUAUUGGUCAAAUGAUUAGCCAAUUGUUUUGGAUUACUGCUGUACUAAUAACAGGAGUUUUUCUGUUGUUCGUACCGAAUUUAUUAGUCGCAAUUGUUGUUGCGAUUUCUGUUGUUUCUUCAAUGGUAGAAACUUUGGGUUACAUGUCUUUAUGGGGCGUGAAUUUGGAUAUUAUAUCAAUGAUGAGUCUUAUUGUGUGUGUGGGAUUCAGCGUCAAUUAUCCCGCUCAUAUUUCGUAUGCUUUUGUCAUGUCACGAAGCAAGACAGCAAUAGAGAAAUUAAAAGAUUCUCUGUAUCGUGUAGGCUUUCCUAUACUUCAAGGAACAAUGACCACAGGAUUAGGAAUAUUGAUUUUAUAUUCUAAUGUGUAUUUUCUUUCCACAUUUGCAAAAAUCGUAAUUCUUGUUGCUAUAGAAACGGCUUUUCACGCGUUAUUCUUUAUUCCUGUAGUUCUUUCUCUCAUAUACGUUAUUUUGGAAAAGGUAAAAUUAAGUUGUUAUUAA